AGAAGGAGUCAGGGCUCUGCCGGUCGGGGGCGCAGAGCGGGGAGAGAGCCCAGGCACCGGAAGCCGGGGAGGCGGCGGCGGCGGCGGCGGAUAGAGUGUGGGCCCCGCGCGCCGGGGAUGGAGUGACGGCUCGGAGUGGCGGCGCUGGGGGCUUUGUCGCACGAGCAGCGGAAGGACCCGCUGUGGCUUACUUUUUGAGGGGAUCGCUCUUUCUGCCGGCCGGAGGUUGGCUGGUGGGAGGGCGAGAACUGCGAGGCGACAGCCCCGGGAAGGCCACAGCCGUAGAUGAGGGAGCGGUGUUGCUGGGGGCGGUGGGUAUAGGCGAGAAGUGGGCGGGUCAGAGGGAUACCUAAGAGGUAGAAUCGUCAGGACUGUGGAUUAACUAUGGGACUCCUGCUUGUCUAUGAAAUGCAGUUAACACAUCAGCUGGACCUAUUUCCCGAAUGCAGGGUGACCCUUCUGUUAUUUAAAGAUGUAAAAAAUGCUGGAGACUUGAGAAAAAAGGCCAUGGAAGGUGCUAUUGAUGGUUCACUAAUAAACCCUAAGGUGAUUGUCGAUCCAUUUCAGAUACUUGUGGCAGCAAACAAAGCAGUUCAUCUCUACAAACUGGGAAAAAUGAAGACAAGAACUCUACCAACUGAAAUUAUUUUCAACCUUUCCCCAAAUAACAAUAUUUCAGAAGCUUUGAAAAAAUUUGGUAUCUCAGCAAAUGACACUUCAAUUCUAAUUGUUUAUAUUGAAGAGGGAGAAAAACAAAUAAAUCAAGAAGACCUAAUAUCUCAGGUUGAAGGUCAUCAGAUUUCUCUGAAAAACCUUCCCGACAUAACAAAUAUUACAGAAGUCAAAAAGAUAUAUAAACUGUCUUCACAAGAAGAAAGUAUUGGAACAUUAUUGGAUGGUAUCAUUUGUAGAAUGUCAACAAAAGAUGUUUUGUGAAGUGACAAAUAUUAAAAAUUUUCAGUAUUUAUUAAAAAAAA